AUGGGUAUUUUCGAAGAAAUAAAACCAGCUUUCGGUUCUAAAAUUCCUUAUUUUAAUUAUACAGCAUUAUAAUCUCCUUUUGAACCCAAUAAAUCAUAAGGAUUUAUUUUAUGGAUAAACGGAAGAGUUGGUUUAAUAGAUCCUCCUAUAUUUACAACAAAUUAUUUAGAUAAUGCCUAAAUACCUUAAAAUUUAAUAGAUUGGGUAAUUCUUACUAACUGUCAUUCUGAAUGUGAUAUGGGAGUACUUUAAAGAUUUGUAGAAUCAUCAAGAAUGGAAAUAAUUACAACUUCGACAAUUAUUAAUUCAUUUAUAAAUAAAUAUUCUAAAAUGGUAUAAAUUAAUAGUUAAUUAUUAAGAAGAUUAUUUAAAUUUAAACCAGUAGUAAUAGGAGCUCCUAUUAAUUUAAAUGGAUGUAUAAUAAGAUUUCAUUAUAACUUUCAUGUUAUUCCAUGUAUUGGUUUUGAAAUAAAUAAUUAAAAUAAUUCUAUUUAUUUUUCAGGAUAUUGUUUUUAUGAUCCUAAAAUAUUAUCUUAAAUUAAUUAAAAAUAAAUUAUUACGUAAAAAAGAUUAGAACUUCUUGCUAAUACCAAAUUUAUACAUAAUAUAAUUCUUUUUGAUGGCUGUAAUCCUUUUUUAAGUACUCCUUUAAAUAUAAUAGCAAGUUUACCGCCCUAAAUAGUCUAAAAUAUUUACCUUAUAUAUAAUAAUGAUAAUUAAUAAAAUAAUUAUUCUUAAUAAUUAAAAAAAGUUUAAGUAAAUUUAAAUAAAUAUUCUAUUUUAAUAUUUUAUAUAUUUAAAUAAAAAAAAAAGAUAGGAAUCUAAUAUACGAAUUAUCAAGAAAAUGAUUUAAUUGUAAAAAAAAUAAAAUCAGUCGAUUAUAUGACAAAACUUGAUAUUCUUUCAUAAGUAGAUGUAUUUGAAGGAAUUUCGUUAAAAAAUUUAAGAGAUUUAAUAGAUAUUUCUAAUGAAGAAUUUUUUAUUAAAGAUUAAUAUGUUAUAAAAUAAGCUACAUAAGGGAUUAAAUGGUAUAUAAUUUUGAAAGGAUCUGUAAAAGUUUUCAGUGAAAAAAAGAUGUUUGAAGAUCGUAUUUUUUCUGUUGGUGAAUAUUUUGGAGAAUCAGCACUUUCUUUAGAAAAUAAAUCUGGUUUUUCAUAAAGAAGAAUGGCUAGUGUAUAAGCACUUACUGAUUUACAUUUACUUACUCUUGAAAAAUAGGACUUUUGGUUCGCUUUUGGAGAAGGAAAAGAAAGAUGGUUUAUAGGAGAAAUUUAGGCUAUGGUUAAUGAAACUGAACAUACUACAUCUUUAUAGGCUACAGGAUAUGAAUGUGAAUAUUUUAGAAUUGAUAGAAAUGAUUUAAUUGGAUUUUUAAGAAGAAAUCCGGGAUUAUUUUUAACUUUUGGUGAUUAAAAAUAUUUUAAUUGA